AUGGACGCGGUCGUGGACAUGGACGUGGACGUGGACGUGGACGUGGUCGUGGACGUAGACGUGGAGGACGUGGACGUGGACGUGGAGGACGUGGACGUGGACGUGGACGUGGACGUGGACCUGGACGUGGACGUGGACGUGGACGUGGACGUUGACCUGGACGUGGUCGUGGACGUGGACGUGGACCUGGACGUGGACGUGGACGUGGACGUGGUCGUGGACGUGGACGUGGACGUGGACGUGGUCGUGGACGUGGACGUGGACGUGGACGUGGUCGUGGACGUGGUCGUGGACGUGGUCGUGGACGUGGACGUGGACGUGAUCCUGGACGUGGUCGUGGACGUGGACGUGGACGUGGACGUGGUCGUGGACGUGGUCGUGGACGUGGUCAUGGACGUGGACGUGGACGUAUACGUGGACCUGGACGUGGACGUGGACGUGGACGUCGACGUGGACGUGGACGUGGACGUCGACGUGGACGUGGUCGUGGACGUGGACGUGGACGUGGUCGUGGACGUGGUCGUGGACGUGGACGAGGACGUGGAGGUGGACGUGGACGUGGACGUGGUCGUGGUCGUUGACGUGGACGUGGACGUGGUCGUGGACGUGGACGUGGACGUGGACAUGGACGAGGUCGUGGACAUGGACGUGGACGUGGACGUGGACGUGGUCGUGGACGUGGACGUAGAGGUGGAGGACGUGGACGUGGAGGACGUGGACGUGGACGUGGACCUCGACGUGGACGUGGACGUGGACGUGGACCUGGACGUGGACCUGGACGUGGUCGUGGACGUGGACGUGGACGUGGACUUGGACGUGGACGUGGACGUGGACGUGGUCGUGGACGUGGUCGUGGACGUGGACGUGGACGUGGUCGUGGACGUGGUCGUGGACGUGGACUUGGUCGUGGACGUGGACGUGGACGUGGACGUGGACGUGGACUUGGUCGUGGACGUGGACGUGGACGUGGACGUGGUCGUGGACGUGGACGUGGACGUGGACGUGGUCGUUGACGUGGACGUGGACGUGGACUUGGUCGUGGACGUGGACGUGGACGUGGACGUGGUCGUGGUCGUGGACGUGGACGUGGAGGUGGUCGUGGACGUGGUCGUGGAGGUGGACGUGGUCGUGGACGUGGACGUGGACGUGGACGUGGUCGUGGACGUGGUCGUGGACGUGGACGUGGACGUGGUCGUGGACGUGGUCGUGGACGUGGACUUGGUCGUGGACGUGGACGUGGACGUGGACGUGGACGUGGACUUGGUCGUGGACGUGGACGUGGACGUGGUCGUGGACGUGGACGUGGACGUGGUCGUUGACGUGGACGUGGACGUGGACUUGGUCGUGGACGUGGACGUGGACGUGGACGUGGUCGUGGUCGUGGACGUGGACGUGGACGUGGUCGUGGACGUGGUCGUGGAGGUGGACGUGGUCGUGGACGUGGACGUGGACGUGGACGUGGACGUGGACGUGGAUCUGGACGUGGACGUGGACGUGGAUCUGGACGUGGUCGUGGACGUGGACGUGGACGUGGUCGUAGACGUGGACGUGGACGUGGACUUGGACGUGGACGUGGUCGUAGACGUGGACGUGGACGUGGACGUGGUCGUGGUCGUGGACGUGGACGUGGACGUGGAUCUGGACCUGGACCUGGACCUGGACGUGGACGUGGACCUGGACGUGGACCUGGACGUGGACCUGGACGUGGUCGUGGACGUGGACGUGGACGUGGACUUGGAUGUGGACGUGGACUUGGACGUGGAUGUGGACGUGGUCGUGGACGUGGACUUGGACGUGGACGUGGACGUGGACGUGGUCGUGGACGUGGACGUGGACGUGGUCCUGGACGUGGUGGUGGACGUGGAUGUGGACGUGGACGUGGUCGUGGACCUGGACGUGGUCGUGGACGUGGAUGUGGACGGGGACUUGGACGUGGACGUGGACGUGGUUGUGGUCGUGGACGUGGACGUGGACGUGGACGUGGACUUGGACGUGGACGUGGACGUGGACGCGGUCGUGGACGUGGACGUGGUCGUGGAAGUGGACGUGGACGUGGUCGUGGACGUGGACGUGGACGUGGACGUGGGCGUGGACGUGGUGGUGGACGUGGACGUGGACGUGGACGUGGUCCACCGCUCGUUCCUGCCGCUCAACUCACUCUCCGGCUCCCCUUCGGAUCGCCUGAUUGAUUAUCACCGCGUGGGGACUGCUCUCUCCGCGUGGCUGACGGGCAGCACAGCACCUCCGCAUGGCCAAGCAGGCCAUUCUAAUCGGCCCAAUUCUGCUUAUAACGGGGAUGGCUCGCCCGCCGUGUCAGUGUCGUGGGAGGACUGGCAGCGCGCGUACGAGCAGGCGCGAGGCGCGGAGGGCAGACAGCAGCAGGAGGGGCAUGUGAGAGGCGCGGAGAACAGACAGCGGGACGAGUGUGCGAAAGGAUUGGGUGUUGGAAACGGCAGAUGCGAGCAGAGCAAAGGCAGUGACAAUGGCAGUGGGCGAGGGGAGGGCUGGCAGCGCGUGUGGGACCAUGCGAAAAGCGUGGAGGGCAGAAAGCAGGAGGGGCAUGGACAGGGCACGGCGCAGGGCAGCAGGGAGAGGGACGAGUGGGGUUGGGUGGGGGGGUUUGCAACGCGGCAUGGAGAGGGUGGAGGAACGGAGGGGCAGGCACAGGUGGUGGGGAAAGGGCGAGACGUGGGUGGUAUGCAGGGGCAGGGGCAGGGGCAGAGGGAGGGGCAGGGAGUGGUUGUGUGUGAGGGCGGGUGGGAGUGGCUGCAUCGCCCCUCUGCCCCGCCUGUGUGGGAGAUGACUGGUGCUGUGGCGCAGCCUGUGUCUCAGCCUGAGGCACGCAGUGUAAGCACUGGUUACCAGGAAGCACAGGCAGGUGUUGAAGGAGGUGCAGAGGGGUGGAGGAGAACUGGCAUGGGUACAGGAGGGGCUGUAGGUAGGGUUGAGAGGAUGGGAGGGGAAGGGGAAGGAGACAGUGCAGUGAUUGGAGGGAGUGCAGGUGUUGGGGAUGCUGGAGGUGGGAGGAGGGGAGGAGGGAGGGGCGUGGUUGGGGCGGUGAGGGAGUGUGUGUCGCUGGAUUGGGUGCCGGAGAGGCUUCUAGUAAAGUUCCAGCAGAGAGUGGGGAUGUACCGACUCGGAUUCAACUUUCAGUUCCGCCAUUCCCACCACGACCUACCAGUCAACCCCUCUGUCCUCGCAACCCCGGUCUCUCUAGCCGUCUCUGCAUCGCCUAUCCACACUCUCACCAGCGCCACAGGCUUGAGGGAGAGCCGGCCCCUUAUAUCCGUCGGUCCCUAUCAGGCCUACCCCGCAGACAUCAGGAUCGUUGUCAAGCCAUCUGCUCCCUCUCCACCUUCCAAAGCCGCCUCAAAGCGCCCGGCACCCUCCACUGCCAGCCUGGCUACCAGGCUCGCGGGCAUGGUGACCCGUGUUGCCCGGGCGGCGGUGGGAGGGGGCAAGGUGCAGGUGAUGCCUGUGGUGGGCACGGUGCAGGUGGCAUCUGGACGGGUGGGCCUGCUGGGACUGGCUGAUGCUAGGGCUUGCAAGCAUGGUGCAUCGCCCCGGGCGGCGGUGGGAGGGGACGAGGUGCAGGUGAUGCCUGUGGCGGAUAUUGUGCAGGUGGCAUCUGGACGGGUGCGCCUGCUGGGACUGGCCUGCUGGGACUGGCCUGCUGGGACUGGCCUGCUGGGACUGGCCUGCUGGGACUGGUUGAUGCUAGGGUGGAGCAGCACUCGGCUCACACGGCCGCACAGCCAUUCCAGCAGCGCUCGUGGCAGAGAGACUCAACCUUGUGCGAGCAGGGGCGCUGGCUUAGCUGGUGGGAGCGACAUGAGCGGCAGUCAUGUGGAUACGAGCAGCGGCAUGAAUGUGCAUGGCAGUGGGAAUGGCACGGGUGGUAUGCGUGUGAGUACAGACGGUGAAGCCAGGGAAGGUGGUCUGUGGAGUGCAGGGAGGGGAGAGGUGGAGCAGCAGGGGAGUGGGGCAGCAGGGAGCGGUGGUGGUGUGGUGCAGGUGGCGAGGGCCAAGGCGUGUGUGCCGAUGUGGCAUGGCAUGGAUGUCAGACUCACAGGCUCCAUGCGGUACUCCAUGCCCUGGUGCAUCGGGUGA